AUGGAGGCUCUCAAACAGACUUUCAAGCGCUGCAAGGCCGAGAAACGGGCUGCCUUGGUGACCUAUGUCACUGCUGGCUACCCUAAGCCCGAGUUCAUGCCAGAUAUCAUGAUGGGAAUGCAGAACGGUGGCGCUGAUGUCAUCGAGCUUGGAAUCCCCUUCACAGACCCCAUCGCAGACGGCCCGACAAUCCAGACUGCGAACACAGUCGCGCUCGGCCAUGGCGUUACCAUCAAGUCCACACUACAAAUGGUCAAAGACGCACGAUCGAAAGGUCUGAACGUACCGGUCCUGUUGAUGGGAUACUAUAACCCCCUGCUCAGCUAUGGUGAGGAGGCCCUGCUACGGGAUUGCAAGGAUGCCGGCGUCAACGGCUUCAUUGUCUGCGACCUACCCCCCGAGGAGGCCGUGUCGUUCCGAAAACUCUGCAGCAAGGGCGCAUUAUCCUACGUGCCCCUUAUCGCCCCCGCCACAUCAGAGAAGCGCAUGAAGCUCCUGUGUGCCCUCGCCGACUCCUUCAUAUAUGUCGUUUCGCGGCAGGGCGUGACGGGUGCCCAGGGGACUAUGAACGCCAACCUACCAAGCCUGCUCGAGCGAGUCAAGAAGUACAGCGGCAAUAAACCAGCCGCUGUCGGUUUUGGUGUGUCCACGCGCGAACACUUCCAGUCCGUUGCCUCCAUCGCCGACGGUGUGGUUAUUGGUUCGCAGAUCAUCACCACACUGCAGAAGGCCGAAGAGGGCAAGCUCCCUCAGACGGUUCAAGAGUAUUGCGCCUACGUGUGCGGACGAUCAGGUGCUCCCGAGACCACGAGGGAAGUCGGCGUCGUUGAAGCGAUUAAUGGUGCCAAAGAGCCCAGCGGCGAGGACGUUACGGUGAACGGAGUCAUCACCGAAAACGACGAAAUCGUUGUCGAACACGACGAUGCCUCGCUGGUUGCCCAACUCGCUGCCAUGCACGGCAAGAUUCCCGAGCGAUUCGGCGAGUUUGGCGGACAAUACGUACCCGAAGCGCUCAUGGAUUGUCUGUCGGAGCUGGAGGAGGGGUUCAACACGAUGAACGAAGACCCCAAGUUCUGGGAGGAGUACAGGACACACUACCCCUGGAUGGGGCGACCCGGGCAGCUGCAUAUGGCUGAGCGUCUGACCGAGUACGCCGGUGGUGCCAACAUCUGGUUGAAGAGAGAAGAUCUGAACCACACUGGUUCUCACAAGAUCAACAAUGCGCUGGGACAACUCUUGCUGGCCAAGAGACUGGGUAAGAAGAAGAUCAUUGCCGAGACGGGCGCUGGACAACACGGUGUAGCUACCGCCACUGUCUGCGCCAAGUUUGGCAUGGAAUGCACAGUCUUCAUGGGUGCUGAAGAUGUCCGCCGUCAGGCGCUGAACGUGUUCCGAAUGCGCCUCUUGGGCGCCAAGGUUAUUGCAGUGGAAGCUGGCAGCAAGACGCUGCGUGAUGCCGUCAACGAGGCGCUCCGCUACUGGGUCGUCCAUCUUGAAGACACACAUUACAUCAUUGGUUCUGCUAUUGGUCCGCACCCGUUCCCUACCAUCGUCAGAACCUUCCAGUCCGUUAUUGGAACCGAGACGAAGGCUCAGAUGCUGGAGAAGCGAGGCAAGCUACCCGAUGCGGUCGUAGCCUGUGUCGGUGGUGGUAGCAAUGCCGUAGGCAUGUUCUACCCCUUCGCCAAUGACCCCAGCGUGAAGAUGUUGGGUGUGGAGGCGGGUGGUGACGGCAUCAACACCCUUCGCCAUUCGGCCACGUUGGCUGCUGGUACCAAGGGCGUACUGCACGGUGUACGAACAUACAUCUUGCAAAACGAGCACGGCCAGAUCUCGGACACGCAUUCGGUCUCGGCUGGACUGGACUACCCAGGUGUCGGCCCCGAACUGGCCAACUGGAAGGACAGCGAGCGCGCCAAGUACGUCGCUGCUACGGAUGCCGAGGCCUUCCUGGGCUUCAAGCUGAUGAGCCAGCUCGAGGGCAUCAUCCCAGCGCUGGAGUCAGCGCACGGUAUAUUUGGUGCCCUUGAGCUAGCCAAGACGAUGAAGAAAGACGAGGAUGUGGUCAUCUGCCUGAGCGGUAGAGGUGACAAGGAUGUACAAAGCGUUGCUGACGAGCUGCCCAAGCUGGGACCUAAGAUCGGAUGGGACUUGCGGUUUUAG